UAUAAUGCAUAUGAAUUCACAAGGAAUAUAUUAGGAAUUAUCUUGAUCUGGAAUUUAAGCAAUCAGUUUUAGUUUAUAUAAGUUCUAUGAUUCUAUUUAUCUUUUUCUUUUUUCUUUUAGGUUUCAUUGAACAUGAUGACUGGUUCAGAAAGACAAGAGGAUCACUCUGGUCAAGUCAACCCAGAACUGCAUGAGAUAAGUCAGAUGGUCAAGUGUAGAAUGCAGAGUAUAGGUCAGCCUCUUAGUGACUAUGAUGACAAGAAUGAAAAGAGAGAUACUAUUUCCUAUGUAGUGAUUAAUCCUGGCUAUGAUUUACAGCUCAAACUCGGAGAUGUUGUUUAUUUGAUACGACCGAGUUCUUUAUCUCCAAAACCUUCACCAUUGAUAGAUGAGAGGAAGCAGAUGCAGCAUCAUAUGAAUGGGAAAAGAGAGGAACCAACAGGGGCAGAUAACUCUGAGAUACAAACAUCUGACUCGGUUGUUAAGACAAAAGGACGACUCGUUAAAGAUGGAAACAAUCGGAUCCCAAUAAUAUAUAUGGAUGACAGUGACACUGAUGAAGAGAUGACAGAAAAUGAUAAAACCACAAGCGAAAAUACCGAGAGAAACAAAAACAUCCCGACCUUUGACCUCAUGACAGAUGAAGAGCUAGAUCAAGAGACAUGUAACCAUAGCGACCAUAUCAGUACACCGGAGACGCUUGAACCUCCGGUUAUAGCUGUAAAAGGAACGGUGGUGUGACACAUUGGUGUAUUUCUGUCAACUGACUGUGUCCACACACACAAAAAGAAACAAAACUAUUGUGUACUGGAUGCUUAUUUACCCGUUUUAAUGGCAGUAAACUCUUACUACAUGUACAUGUUCAACCUGUGUAAAGUUUAGAGUGUUUAAGCAUAUUAAGCCUGGACUUAAAUUAUUUGGUGUUAUUUACAUGUAUUUAU